AGCAAACUGAAACAAGUGUUUGUAUGUAUUUUGACGUCUAUCAGCAUCACGGAACGCUCUCUCUACUACAUCAAUAACAUAUAUUCGACCCUUUGGUUGUAUUCGACUAUUCGACGACGCGGAGCUUAGAUCAAUUCCACGCUAGGACCUCAGCGCGCCGCAAAGUUUCGCCGUUCCGUCGCAAGUCGAAAGCUCUCCUGCGCAACUCUUGAGAACCUUUGUCCAUCAUUGUCAAGCCAGGCUUCGAUUAGCCUCGCGAUCCGAUCUCCAUUUUGUUUCACUUGAAGCAUGAUUGCCUGAGAAAUCCGAUUGCCCAACGUCCUCCCAACCGUAUCCCUACCGCGUCCUCCGCCAUCGCAGACGCGCGCAACAUGGCGGCCGCAUACGACCACGCGAACGGUACGAAUGGUGUGAACGGUACCGAAAGCUUUCCACCUGGUCGAUACAGCAAGGUUCCACCCACGAUCGUAGUCACAGUCACCGACGCCGAGGGACCCGUCGAUAUUGAAAUCUCACUUGAUGAAGACAUUCAAGAAGAUCCAACUGAGCUUUGCACGUUGCUCGAGAACGAACACAGUACUAAGGAUACUUGGUUGACAGUAGCAAUCGCUUACGCAAAGCACAAGAAAGCCGAUGUAGCAAUCGAGGUCUUGAGUAGUGGGAUCAAUGUGUUCGCGCGUGGAUCACCUCAAGAGCGUCUCAGCAUUCUCAACUGCCUUUGCUGGCUGUAUCUUCUGAAGUGUCGGCAGGCUCCUCGAGUCCUUCCAGAUGGCAAAACCGACUCUGAUGAGAUCAAGACCAAGGACUUCUACAUUCAGGCUGCAACCAGUGUGCUCAAUGACGCUUCUAGAAUCAGCCCGUCGUACCCGCCGCUUUUCCUUGCACGAGGAGUUCUGUAUCUUUUGCGCGCAUCCCUACAAGCCCCUCCGACUGCUGCCGGUCCCGGACAGAUUAGCUCGGAGCGUAUCGACACGCUAAAGCAAGCUGCUAAAUGUUUUGAGGAUGCUCUGCGCGCAUCGAAUGGGAAGAAUCUAUUGGCCAAGCUAGGAAAGGCCAGAGUCAACUUCUCUAUGGGAAAAUACGCCGAUGCUCUGAAGAUAUACCAAAACGUACUCGAAAGCUCUCCUGGGCUAAUAGAUCCGGAUCCACGCAUUGGAAUCGGUUGCUGCUUCUGGAAUUUGGGCUUCAAAGACGACGCUGCUCAGGCAUGGCAGCGAGCACUGGACCUAAACCCCAAGUCCAAGCAGGCCUUGAUCUUGCUGGGAAUCUACAACGUCCAAUUGACCGCUCAGUUACCGCCCUCCGAUCCUAACUUUCUCAACUUGACAAAGAAGGCUAUGGGCCAGUUCAUUGGACCUGCUUUCACCCAAGACAACCGAUAUCCGUUGAGUUGCGCGACGCUCGGAAGCUGGUACACUGCGCGAAAAGCAUGGGACAAGGUGGAAACGUUGUCGAGGCGUGCAAUUGAGCUCACUGAUGUCAACGAUAUUGCUAGUGACGGAUGGUACUACCUCGCUAGGAAGGCUCAUCAGGAUGACGAUAGCAAAAGUGCUACGGAUUACUAUCAUAGGUCCGAUCGAGCCCGUGGCGGCGACGACCGCGGAUAUAUUCCUGCGAAAUUCGGUUCGGCACAGAUGCGUGUUCUGAUGGGCGACUUUGACGGUGCGAAGUUCCGACUCGAGAAGAUACUCCAGCAACAGCCUACUUUGGAAGCACAGAUCUUGCUUGGUACUCUCUAUGCCGAGGAUGUUUUCGCUGCACAAGCCUCGGGCUCCAAGGAGGACAAAUCAAGCGAAUUGAAGAAGGCUCUCAAAUAUCUGGAGGAUGUGGUCAAGGCAUGGAAGGAUCCAAAGAGGAAAUUACAGCCGGAUCAGUCCGUAUUGCUUAAUCUAGCAAGACUCUACGAGGCCGAACAUCCCGACAAGAGCCUCAAAUGUCUUGAGGAGGUGGAGCAAUUGGAACUGGACGCCAUUCCCGAUGAAGACUAUCCGGAAGAAUAUGAAGAUGAGGACGCCCUGAAGAACUCCCUACGCGAAUUGCUUCCCCCUCAACUUCUCAACAACAUGGGGUGCUUCCACUACCAGAACGAGCGCUUUGUACACGCGAGGGCAUUGUUCCAGACUGCUCUCACGGCCUGUGUCAAGGCCGCUUCAAGAGACGAGACGAUCGACACCGAUGCCCUCGUCACCUCCAUCAGUUAUAACCUUGGCCGCACAUACGAAUCCGAAGGUAUGCUUGAAGAAGCCAAGGGCGUUUACGAAGGUCUUUUGAAACGUCACCCCGACUACAUUGAUGCCCGCGUCAGGCAAGCCUACAUCACCCUGAGGCAGCAUCCUUCUGAUGAAGGACCGAAGGCUGUGGUCAAGCUAUACGAAGAAAAUAAGUCCAACUUGGAAGUGCGAGCACUGUACGGCUGGUACGUCAGCAAAUCCAAGAAAAAGACGUUCAACAUCGCCGACGACCAAGAGCAACGACACUACAAGCACACCCUCAUAAACUUCGACAAGCAUGACCGAUACUCCCUUACCGGAAUGGGUAAUAUCCACUUGGCCAUCGCACGCGAAAUGCCAAGAGGCACAGAGCAGGAUAAGGAGAAGCGACGGAAGAUGUACGAGAAAGCUGUCGAGUUCUUUGACAAGACUCUCAUGCUCGAUCCUAAGAACGCGUAUGCGGCGCAAGGCCUUGCUAUCGCCCUGAUUGAGGACAAGAAGGACUAUUCGUCUGCUCUUCAAAUCCUGACCAAGGUCAAGGAGACGGUGAAGGACUUCGGCGUGUUCAUGAACCUCGGUCACACGUACUGCGAAACCAAGCAAUAUACGCGUGCAAUUGAGAACUACGAAGCCGCCCUAGCCAAAGACCGCGCUCGCGAUCCCGCGAUCCUAGCCUGCCUCGGACGCGUGUGGCUCCUCCGCGGCAAGCACGAAAAGAACCUACAAGCCAUGAAGACGUCGCUGGAGUACUCGCAGCGCGCCCUCGAAGUGCUCCCCAACCAGACGCAAUUCAAGUUCAACGUCGCCUUCGUGCAGAUCCAGAUCGCGCAGCUCGUCAACAACAUGCCAGAGUCGCAGCGAACUCUCGAGGAGGUCGAAACGGCCUCCACGGGGCUCGACGAAUCCAUCGAAUCGCUCUUCGCCAUCGCGAAACUGCCGGACCCGCCGUUCCCCAAGAACGACAUCGAGCAGCGUGCUUACAUGGGUAAAACCAUGCGGAAGCAGCUCGACCGCGCGACGCAGAGCCAGCGCACCUACGAGGAGACCAACGCCAACAAACUCCAGCAAGCGCGCGAGGCCCGCGAAGCCGAGCAGAAGCGCCGCGAGGAGGAGAAGCGCAAAGCGGAAGAGGAAGCCGCGGAGAAGAGGCGCAAAGCCCUCGAGGACCGCCGCAAGCAGGAAGAGCACGACCGAGCGGUCAUGGAGAAACGAACCGAAGAGCAACGACAGCGCCAGGAGCUCAUCGACGACAGCGACAUGCGGAAGGCGGACAGGAAACGGAGGGGCGGCGGUGGCGGCAAGCGCAAAAAGAAGAGCGAAAUGGACGACUCCGACUCCGACGGCAUCGUGGGAGACUCGGACGCCGAGGACCGCCCUCGACGUCGCAGGAACAGCGCCUCUGGCACAGAAGGCCUCUCCGAAGAGGAGCGACCACCCCGCCAGAAGAAGAGGAAACUCGAGAGGAAGAAGAAAGAACCCGCAGGCAAAUUCAAGUCCUCAGAAUUCGUCGGCGACAGCGACGACGAUGAUGACGACGUGGACGUCGCUGCUGCCGCUUCCAGCCCCGUCCCCUCCGACAACGACAGCGCAGACGAAGGCGCCGCCGUCACUGCUCCCCGCUCACGAAAGCGCGUCAUCGACGAGGACGAGGACGAAGACGACGACGAUGCUGCCCCUGCACCCCAACGCAACGGCGACGCCGCCAUGGACUCCGACGAAGACGAGUAAAUCCUCCCGUCCCAUGCUCCAUCAUCACCCUCUCCUCCAAAAGCUCCUGUCAAUCCCAACCUCCUUCCAAUCGAUCUUUUUCUCUUUCUUCCAUGCAUUAGCGUCACCCCGGAACCUUUUUCUUGUCUUAGGUACUUCAGUUAUCAUAAAUAUCACAUGGGCGUAUUCACACUUCAGUCAGUAGGUUGGAAUGGAGCUGGGGUAUCAUCAUCUUUUUCUUCUUCACACUGAUCAGCAGGAAGGGAGGGUGUGUAUAAAACUUUUUACUUAACUUUGUAUAAGAAAAGAGAAGAAGAAUGAGUAGUAGUGGAAAUACGUAGUACUGAAAGAAGGAAUGGAAAUCUUGAG